AGCAAGAAGUCAGUGGAUGUCGAAGUGGAAGCCACCUGUCCGCAGCUAAAAAUCAUGGUGAUCUUGAGAUUUUCGCGUGUGUUGCGUCAUAAUUGAAAAUGAUCGCGGUGUGAGACCUUAAAAGGAGCGAUUCCCAAUAGUGGCAGACACUCUGCUUUUUUUUUGUUUUGAUAUUUCAACGGCGACAACUUUGCCAACGAGUUAAUUAAAGUUCGGGUCGUGUGCUCGGGGAAUCGAAUUGUUUUGCUGAUUUAUGUUGGAUCGCUGGACAGCCAUUCCUUGGCCAAAAAAGGCGCAGCAGCAGCAGCGCUAGACAAUAACAAAUAAACCAAAAAUUAGCAACAUUUAGUUAAUGCACAUAAAUAAGAUACGACGAGCUAUUCGAUAUUGCGAGACUCCAAAUUGGGCAAGUCGUUCGUGUGCCCCAAGAUUCCAAUUCAAAGAUCUCAAGAUCCCAAGAUCCGUGUGGGCAGAAGUCUCAGUCUAACAAACAAAAAGAAAAUAAAUGACGAGUUUAAAUAACACUAACAAUCGGCUUUGCUGAGGCUUUGUUGGUUAAUGAGCUGGACCCAUAUUUGGCCGGAUCGAAGUCGUCUCAAGAUGCCCGCCCCUCCGAGCACAGUGAAGCCUGCCUCUGGUCACACGACCAAGCUCACCCAUGGCAAAUCCAGCAACAGUAGUAACACCUUGUGCAACUCCAUCGCCCAUCUGAGCGACUCAAGGACCAAUCUGACUGUCAACACGCCCACAACUUGCCAGCGAUUAAGCGAAAUGUUUCGGCGUUCGAUUGCCAGCAGCACCCAGUCCAGUUCCAGGGAAAAUACCUACGAGGAGGCGUCGUCCUCGAUUUGGCGCGCUCAAGAAAGAUCAGGUCGAUGCUUGAUGGAGCUGCAUUCCAUACAGGUUUAUCGGGUACCUCUGCCCACAGGAUCGAAAACAUCUGCCUGGGCCAUAAGCGGGUCCUUUCGUUAG